AUGGGAGGAAAUGAGUACCUCGGACCUGAAAACCAGGGCGAACACACCAUGUGCUCUGGGACACAUGUGCUACUGGCUGCAGAUCUGGCACUGCGGGGAAACCCAGGGCCCUGGAGGGUGAGUAGAACUGCUGACCAAUGGGAUAUCAGGCUCUGCCUGGCCCCACUGACACCACCAGAUGAGAUUGACUUUUCAAACCCAGAAUUUCUCGAAGGAUUAGUGCAAUAUGGAUUUAAUGCCGUUCUUAGUAGAAGAUUGGGCAUCGAGAGACAGGUGCCGGAUUCCAGGGAUGAAAUAUGUCUUGCAAAACACUACCCACCCAAUCUACCUACUGCCAGCAUAAUCAUAUGCUUCUAUAAUGAAGAAUUUAACACCUUGCUUCGAACAGUUUCAAGUGUGAUGAACCGCACUCCAUAUCCUUUCCUUGAAGAAAUAAUUCUGGUUGAUGACAUGAGUGAAAUUGAUGAUUUGAAAGAGCAACUGAACUAUCAUCUGGAACUUUUCCGUGGAAAGAUUAAGUUAAUAAGAAACAAAAAGAGAGAAGGCCUCAUCAGAUCAAGGAUGAUCGGUGCCUCCCGUGCCUCAGGGGACAUCCUGGUGUUCUUGGAUAGCCACUGCGAGGUGAACAUAGUCUGGCUGGAGCCCCUGCUACAUGCCAUUUCUACAGACCACAAAAUGGUGGUGUGCCCUGUGAUCGAUGUCAUUGAUGACUUGACCCUGGAUUAUAAGGCGGCUCCUGUUGUAAGGGGAGCUUUUGACUGGAGCCUGAGUUUUAGAUGGGACAAUGCUUUCUCAAGUGAGAUGGACGACGACCCAGAAGGACCAAUCAAACCCAUCCGGUCACCUGCAAUGGCAGGAGGAAUUUUUGCUAUAAACAGACAUUAUUUUAACGAACUCGGGCAAUAUGACAAGGGGAUGGAUCUUUGGGGAGGAGAAAAUGUGGAGCUUUCACUAAGAAUUUGGAUGUGUGGAGGCCAACUCUUCAUACUUCCUUGCUCUCGUGUUGGACAUAUCAUUAAGACACAGAAUAAAAAUAAUCUUGGAUUCAACAAAGCCCUUUCAAAGAACACACUGCGAGUGGCUCAUGUCUGGCUGGAUGAAUACAAGAAGCGUUAUGUGACACUAUUCCUGGGGAUAUGCAAACAAACAUCUACUCGCCCCAGAGAGGGGAUAAUAACAGAUAAAAGCAGAGAUUCCACUGGAGUACAGCUUCGUGAACCAUGGGAAAAUUUUUUUCUUCAAAGACCUUCUUUGAGAUAUGUAUCCUGUGGAAACAUUACUGAGCGUGUUGAAUUAAGAAAACGACUUGGUUGCAAGUCAUUCCAGUGGUAUCUGGAUAAUGUCUUUCCAGAGUUGGAGCCAUUUACACAGACUGAUGAAAAAGAUAAACAAUCCUUUUCCUUAAUAAAAGGAUGAAAAAGUCCUUUAGUUCUUCAACAUAUUGGCACCACAGGACAAAUUUGGAACAUCAGAGAAUUAUGUGAAAUGCAAUUAAAAAUACAAUCAGAGUGGCCAAUCUCUCAGAAGUGCCUUUCUCUACCUUUAGUGACAAUUCUUCCUUUGUUGCCCUCUGCCACUGGGGUUCUGGGCAUAAAG